AUGCCUUUCGCAGAGCUCUCUGCCGCACGCCCUGCUGACUGCCAUGGCCCACCGCCCGACAAGGUCGUCGUCAUCAUCAUCAUCGUCAUCGUCAUCAUUAUCAUCGUCAUCGUCAUCAUUGUCAUCGUCAUCGUCAUCGUCAUCGUCAUCGUCAUCGUCAUCGUCAUCGGCCGUGGCACUCAGUACGGCAAGUCCGUAAAGGUCGCCCCGCCUACCGCUCUGCUGCCGGCGAGUCUUACGCUUGAUCCGGUCGUCGCCACCCUGGCCUGGCGAACGGUACCACUGGCGGCGGUGGCGGCGGUGCGCAAGUCUGACUCGGCGGUUAGUCUUGUGCUUGAUCUGCUGCCUGGCCUGCUGCAGGCAGAGCGCGAUGUGGUGGCCGAGGCGGCGGCAGUGGCCGACAACACCAAGGUGAUCUCACGGGUGGUCACGACCGACAACGCCAGGCGGGUGUUUCUGCUGGCGGCCAAGGCCGGCGCGGUCUUGGUCGUCCGCCGCAUGCUCGACGACGCAACCGGCGACGCCGAGUGGGCCGACGGCAGCGUGCUUGUCGACAUUGCCCGCGCCGGACACACCAAGGUCAUCGACGCCCUUGUCUCCGAGUCGCGGUUCCGCGUCGAGCGGUUUGGUGCGGCGGCGACAGCCGCCGCCAUCCGCGCCGGCCACGCCAGCAUCGUCUCGCUGCUCCUCACCACCGCCCGCGGGCCCAUUGACCGCGCCCUCUUCACCCGCGCCUACCUCGCCGCCGCUGCAGCCGGUCACACCGCCGUCGUCCGCCAGGUACUCCACUUCCGCAUCGUGAAUCCGAGCGCCAAGGACAACGAGGCCAUCGUCUCUGCGGCGGCGGGUGGUCAUCUCGAAAUUGUCAAGCUCCUCGCGGCACACAAGGCGAUCAACGUGGCAGCGAGCAAGUGCCGCGCGCUCCGGAGCGCUGCUGCCCUCAACAAGACCGCCUCCGUCUUCAAGUUCCUUCUCUACCACGAGUCGGCGGACCUCUCCCUUGCCAAGUCGAUCCUCGCGCACGCGGUCAAGCACGGCAGCGACGCCAUCCUGCGCAUCCUAAUUGGCCACCCCGACGUCCAACUUGGAUACAUCGACCUCCGCGACGCCUGUCUCGCCGCCGCCCGUGCCAACCAGCCGGGCGCCCUCAUCGCCCUCCUGUCACACGCCGAGAUCCCGGGCGCACAGAUGCGCGCCUUCUUUGCUGCCGCCGAGGCUGGCGCCGCCGACGUCCUCACCGCCCUCCUCGCCCGGCCUCACUCGCCGCAAGUGGCUACCGAGGCGCUGGCGGUGGCGGUGGCGGUGGGCGUCUCGCAGCUCGCUGCCGCCCGUGCCCUCCUCGCCGAGCCGGACCUCGACCUGGCGCCGUUGCAGGCCAAGGUGGUGGCGGUAGCGGUCGAGGCCGGCGACGAUGCCCUCUGCCAGGCGCUCGUCGCGCACCCGCAGUUUGAUCCGACCACUGGCCCGAUCCUGCAGCAGAUUGCCUCGUCCCGCAAGCCGCUGCUCGGUGCGCUGGCUGAUCUCCUGCGCCAUCCAGCGUGCGACGUACGGCCGGCGUCGAGCAAGCUCGUCCAGCUUGCGGUGGAGAGUGGGCGCCUCGACGUGGUCGGCGUCCUCCUGCGCGACGAGCGGAUAGACGUGACUAUGGCCCGGUACGCGCCGUUCAAGAUGGUCAUCAACACAUGGAGCGUGGCGCUGUUCAAGGUGCUGCUUGCGCGGCGUGAUGUGUCGCCGGCCGCGCUCGACAACUACGCGGUGUGCGCGUGCGCCGAACGCGGGCUUGUCGAGCUCGUCAGCCUCCUUCUCGACGACGGGCGGGUGGACGCCGGCGCGCGGCAAAACCUCCCGAUCCGUGCUGCGGCGAGUGGCGGAUACACGGCGGUGGUGGAGCGGCUGCUGAGGGCACCGGGCGUCGAUCCGGCGGCCAUCGACAACUUUGCGCUGAGGAAGGCCGUCGCCCGCGGCCACGCCGACACGGCGCUGCUCCUUCUUGCCUCGCCACGCGUCAAACCGAGCCUGGAGGUGGCGGCGCUGGCGCUGCGGCUAGCAGCCGAUGCCGGCGAGGACCGCCUCGUUGCGCAGCUCAUCAGCAUCCCGGGCAUCGACGUGACGGCCAGCGACAACGCGGCGCUAGUUGCAGCGCUGGCGGGCAAUCAUGCAGAGGUAGUGCGGCUGCUGCUGUCUGCGCCUGGGAGCGCGCCUGGCGCGAUAGGCACCGAGGCGGUGAUCACGGCAGCACGGGCCGGGUGGACGCCGCUGCUCAAGGUGCUGCUCGCCGACGGGCGGUGCGACCCGACAACGCAGGACGGCGCGGCGCUGGUGGGUGCGGCGAGGGCCGGGCGGACGCCUGCAGUGGUAGCGCUGCUGGAGGACGGGCGGGUGGAUGUGGCGGCGGUGUCGGGCGCGCUGAUGGCGGCGGCGGUGACCAAGCCUGUCAUGCUGGCGGCGGUCCUGGCGCAUCCGGCCAUCGAUCCCGGAGUGGCGAACAACGCGGCGGUGAAGACAGCGGCGGCGGGCGAGUACCUCGGCUCGUUGGCGCUGCUCCUCGCCCACGCCAAGGUUGAUCCGGGCGUCGACGACAAUGCGCCGCUGCGACGGAGCGCCAAGGCCGGCGCGUACUCUGUGGUGGAGAUGCUGGCGGCCGACGAGCGGGUGGAUCCUGCGGCGGGCAACCACGCGGUGCUGCGGCAGGCGGUGCGCCAGUACGACGUGCGGCUCUUUGCCAUUGUCACCGCCUCGCCGCGCUUUGAUCCCUGCGCCAAUCGCGGCGGCCUGCUGUACCACUUGCUCCGUAUGGGCGCCGCCGCCGACCAUCUUGUCGACCAGAUCAUCGCGAUGCCGCCGCACGCGGUCGACUACACCUCGCCAGACAACCGGACGCUUGUCACCGCUGCCGCCAAGGGAAAGCUGGCUGUGGUGGAGGCAUGCGUGGCGGCGGCCGAUGUCGAUCCGGCGGUGCCGGGCAACGCCGCCAUCACCGCAGCCGCCCGCGGCGGACACAUCGACGUUGUCCGCUUGCUCUUUGCUCAACAGUCGGUCGUCGACGCCGCCAAGGCCGAAACCGACUUUGCCACCCUGAACACUGCCACAGCCGCCCAGGCGUCGAACACGGGCCUGGUUGGGGGCAUCUGCGGCAUUGUCCAUGCGCUCAACCACGCCCUCGGCAUCCAGCCCCUCUCGCAGCCGUACCACGAGCACAUGCGCCCGGAGCUCUACCACUACAUCGAGCGUGAGGUCGGCACGUCCGAGGCGGACGAGGCUCCCGUGGCAAUGGAUGUUGUCGUUGUCGAUGACACGGCUGUGGCCGCCGUCCGGGACGAGAGCUCGGACUGGAACCUCUGCAGCCUCGCGGCGAAGCCCGGCACGCCGGUCACGGUCAUGGUCCCGUACGCCCGCCCGCUGCUGGACUCGUCGUCCAGCGAGCCGGCAGAGGAGGAGGAGGAGGAGGAGGAGGAGGAAGAAGAAGAGUCGAGGUCCGAAGAGGACGCGAUGGUGGACGAGGAAGAGGUGGCGAGGAUGGCGAUAGACGCGAUGCAGACGCUGCAGAUGACCACGGCGCAGCUCGCGCAGCUCGCGCAGGAGAGGCAGACGCAGCAGGCGAGGCGACGGGCCAGCCGCGGAUCGGUUGAUGUCGUGGAUCUCCUCACCCCACCGUAAAUGGGAGUCCACAUGCACUCCACGUGCAUAUGGUUUGGUAAAAACUGCUGCUGCA